CAUUCCGCUUCCACAUCCUCAUUCCUACACGUUCUGAUAAUGUCGCGACAAACGCAACUAAUAGAAUCUCAAUCACGCGUUCCUAAUUUACCAUCAGAAUGCAUCACAGAAAUAUUAAAAAGUGUUCCAUCCGAAGACAUCUCUACACUCUUUACCUGUUUAUUAAUAAACCGACAAUGGUGUCUAAACACAGUUCGUAUGUUGUGGUAUGAUCCGUUUGGUUUGUUGCUAGCGAAAAGAGGACAAACCACCUCGUCAAUUGAAGAUUGGCGCCUUCGCGUAGCGUCCUUACUUAACACUUAUAUUUCAUUUCUCGAAAAUGAAGAUCGUCAAACACUCCAUCAGCACAAGAUAGUUUUGCCAAAGCGAAAUUCGAAAAGCAGCAUCGAUUAUGUGGGGAUCAUGCAAAAGAUUAAUGUUGAUCAGAUUUUGGAUGGAGUUCAUUGUUGGUACGCACUGUCGAGAGCCAAAGCUGCGCAAAUGCAAUCCUUUGCAAUCAAAACAAUAGAUUAUAAUGCAUCAUCUAAAAAUUCUCAUAAGUUUUUAAACUUGGUGAAAUUAUUGAAUUUAUUUUUUCACAAUUCCGUACGUAACGUCAAGAAACAAAGAAGCGAUGGAAAUGGUGACAAUGGUGAAAAUCCUGCGCAUUUUGAACGAGUUGCAUCCGAGCAUUUAAUAACACUAAUAAUGUUAAAAUUAUUUGUUAGACGAUGCGAAUCGUUAAAAGUUUUCGGGAUAGAAAAUAUACGAGAUAGUUUCUCCUUGGAAACAAUGCUAAUACAUUUAAAUUCGUCGACUAAUCUCUCAAAUCUGGUAGAAUUCAUCUGUGUAUCCAAGGUGCCCGGCAUCAGCGAUAUUUUAAGCAGUCUAGCACAGAUUUCUCGUCGUCUCAAAAAAAUAAAAAUCUGGCAAUAUCCAAUAUUUACAUUGAGAUCCGGAUCAGAAAAUCUGCAACUCUCGAGCUUAAUUCAAUUAAUAACAGCACAAAAGAGUCUUGAAGAAUUAGAUUUAGGUUAUCUACAUCCAGAUCUUGAUUUAAAUACUAUUUGUGACGCAAUUGCUUCCCAAUCGAAAAC